UUUCGUAAGAAACGUUGUUGUAAAAACGAGCAAAGGAACUUAUUCACGCCCAAUCCAUAAGAUUGCCAUCAUAUAUCCAGCCGAAGGUUAUGAAGACGAAUGAAGAAAAAUAAUGGGAAUUCUCCCAUUGCCGGGGGGAAUGUUUCGUUGACUUAUAGACGUAUAUAACAUAAAGUAACGAGGGUACACAAGUGCGCCCGAAAACAAAAUGCACGAACACGAGGAAACAUUGCCAAAGAGACGAAGCGAAGUUAAAUAAUUUUGAGCUAUAAAAGUAGCGAAUUUAAGGGUUGUUUUGUUUGUUAUGUUAAUCUAAACAGUGGUUUGGACAAAUAUUAAAUGGCCGAGUGUCUUGGUGACCCAAAUAAAUCAAAGGGGAAAGAAGAUAAGGGAUCAAUAGCAGACACACUUCACGAUGUCAUAGCCAGUGGGCGAGAUAGCAAUAACCCAAACACACCAAAUCGGACGGGAGAAACUGACCAGGUGGAAGUUGAUCUGCAAAAGGAGGGUCGUGAUUCUCAAUCUGAUUUAAAUCAAAACUUAAAGAUAAAUGAAUAUGAAAGCAAUCAAGCAGGACCACUGAUGAAAGAUGGCCCACCUGCCACUUCCGCGAGGCAAGGUGAAAAUGGGACUCACAAUAGAGCGGGAAUAAUAAUUCUUGGUCAGGUUGGUACUGAAAAAAAAGAAAUUCCUGUAGAGACCACAAGCUACAUUCAACCAGACAAAAGCUACUUAUCCGCUGCAAAGAAAUAUUUACCUCUAAAUCAACCACCGAUACCGCCACAACCAACAACGGUUCAAUUCUUUCUCUUGAUAAUUGGAAAAAAUUGUGUUAAUCAAGCGUAUAUCCAUCCUUUUGGCUCUGGACCACUUCCUCUGGAACGCGAUUCAUAUGUGCCCAAUCUAUUUAGGGGUACUUUAAGGUUACCGGAUCACCCCAUGAGACAACAGUUUAGAUAUAAGUACAGUUGCAAUACAGAAGAAAAUAUUUUCAACAGACCAAUAUUUAAGAAUAUCGAAGUGCCAGACAAAAACUACCCAUACCAUUUCGAAGCGGAUAACUUUCCAAAGCACGUAAGGUCAACAGUUCAGCUCGAUGUGUUCAAUUUUGAGGAAGACACAUUAUAUAUGAGAGAUACUGUUCCCAGUUCUGUAGUCUUCUACCUGAAAUGGAUGCUGAAUCAUAUCACUGUAGAAACCUUAUCAAAUAUUCUUACGCAAAUGCAAUAUUUGAAUUUCAAUUCGUUACUUUCGACGUUAAGUAAAAACCAUCUGGAAGACUGUGUCUACUGGAUAAUAGAGCAGACUUUGAGCACAUUGGUUACGGACAUACAACGACUGUAUUUAUGUAUCGCCUUAGGUCAUCUUUGCAUGAAAUCAAAUGUGCUACCUUAUCCAAGAGAUGAAAAAACGACCGCAAUGUGCGAUCGAUUUCUUCAGAUUUUAAAUACCUGCCUCAAUUCUCACCUCCUUCCACCUUCAAAUUUGAAGACGUUGCGAAACGUUGCCACUAUUUUGGUCGAAAACAGCAGCAGUCCAGGAUGGCUUACCCUUGCAGCAUAUUUUCUUCCGUAUCUUGGAAUAGGGUUUAUUCUUGGUGCGAAGUAUAAUUGUCAAAAACACACAUAUGGGACGACAGAAUACAAGAAAAUGGUAGACAUGCUUUUUUGGCAAAUUAAGGAGAUAGGAGAAAAAGAGCAGAGCCCAUAUCAACAUUUGCUAGAAUUGGUACUGAAGAAAGCUCCAAGUUUUGGUGAUGCUAUGAUGCUAUUUGAACGUUCAGAAUUAGUGCGCUUCUUUACAAACGUCGAUGAAAAAAUCGAUUUCUUUGCCAAAUUCUGUCUGGAAAAAAUGCGGGGUGCUGGCACGCAGAAGAUAGAUGAAAUAUUAGAUGAAUUUUUUAACAUUCCGAAGAAGAUCCGUCCCAGGAUGAAGAACGUUCUGUUUCAAACAUUACUUGAAUUCGCUAAAUCAGAUGACGAGUUUCAUGACAAAGAUGGAAAAAUUCGCUCAAUCAUUUCAGAACAACAUUUGGAUUUGAAUCAGGUUUUUGACGUGCUUAGGGAGCUAUCUAAAUCGAAGUCAACUCGUCGUCAAUUGUUGGUACUUGAUAUCCUCAACAACGAGCGUUUUGAAGUGGAUUGGCGUGAUAUUUACCUUGACGAAAAAGUGGAGCUCUGUAAAAUGUGGGUAAUCAACAGAGUUAAAACCAAAUUGCCUGAAAGCAACUAUAAAGGUAGCGGAAGCCGUGCCGGUGAGAUAGAGAGGAUUGGGGAGAUUUAUAGAGCAUGUGAUGUCAUAAUACGAUGUCGUCUCAACAUAUCAAAUAAAUUACUUGCUCAAAUUACUUCCCGAGUUGUGGGAAAACUGAUAAAAAGUGAAGAUGCUAUCCCCUUUCUUAAAGCUUUGCCUAGCAUAGAAAAUCUUUCUUUGGUUGUCCAGGAGUGCUACAAAUCCUUUGUAAAGAAGAUACUAAAAAAGACCCAUGUUGUAAUGAAAAGGUCAAGCAUACUUCUGAAAGAAUAUUCCGGAAGCAGUCUCGCUGAAGAGCUUCUGUCAUAUAUUCUCGACAUUAUUGAAGUGCCAGAAAUUAAGGACAGAGAAAUUAACGAGGACGAUUUCCAUAAAAUCAUUGAUUGGUGCGAUGUUUGGGAGGUUUUCAUCACAUCACCGGGGAUGGGUGGAAAAUCUAAGAAAAAACAAGUUUGCAAAAAAAUUUGCCAAAAGCUGGGGACUUGCAUUGAAGCGGGUGACAUAUCUGCAAAAUUCGUGGAGAUGGUUGGCAGAAAGAUCGAGGACGUUUCUAUCUUAUGCGCAGUUGUGCUGCACGAGUCUGUGAAAUCAAAUUGUCCAAUAUUCGAUCUUCAAAAGCAGAUUUCAGAUAAAAUCAUUAGCUUGAUGCAAGCUGUAAAUGUUUGUUCUGAAAUACUCAAGUUGCUUGAGUCAACGAUCACAUAUGCAACCAUGAUUAUCCUUUGCAUGGAGCGCGAUUGUGUGCUGAUACUAAAAGACUUAGAGAGUAUCUAUGGAAGUUUGUACGACCUGCUCAACCAGAAUUACGCCGUAGUCGGUAACAGGAAGAACUGUCGUGUAGCACUUGGAGCAUAUAGCAACCCGAUGUGUCAAGUGAACGACGGAUUUCGAUGCAUUGUUCUCAUGGAUGAACAAAACGUGUAUAAUUCUGACCCGCCAUUUCUUAACAGGUUCGAGAAACAAGUCUUGCGAUUUUCCGAUGUGCUGACCGAGGAACAAAAGAAUGUUAUCACCGAGCUCCACCUCUGGGUCAAAAAAAUGUCAACAGUGGAAGGUUUCGAGUCACAUUUUUGCGAAAGAGAUAUGUUCAUUGGUUUCCACGAGGACACGCUUCCUUCAUUGGUUUUAUCACAUUCCAGCGAGACUGACAUGGAAGAGAUGUCGAAGAAAUGCAAAGAAGAUUUGAUGUGGAUAGCUUCCCCUGAUGGUGUUCUUCGAGCACAGAAGUGCGAUCGUUUGAAAGAAGCACGACAAGAAAUUCAGGAGUUAAGCGAAAAAUAUUUCAAGAAACCACUACAUCAAGGAUUUGCUACCUUCAUGGAACAUGUUAUGAACAACUAUCAGAAGUCAUCUUUCUUUGGCAGUGAUGAGGUUGGCUCUAAAACUGUGAUUAUGACGUUCUCCAACAUUUACACAGACAUUCGUCAGUGCCUGGGAAACCGUUUCAAGAGUCAAGUGGAACGACUGAGUGCGUAUAAGUCAGAGAAGCAGUUGGCCGAAAGAAUCAAUGCAUUCUGGAAUGCCAAAGAUAAAAAGUUGCUAGUAUUGCAGUGUAAACCAGAUUCAGACGCUCCACAUUUACUUCUUGCCCGUACCAUCAUAGAGGAAAAGAGAAAUUCGUACAAACAGUCUUCGUACGAGACGGAUACAGAAGGAAACAAACACGUUUGUAUUGUAAUGCACGUACAACGUAGAGAAAUUGAAGACAUUCCGUGGCAGUUCAGUUUUUUGUGUGGUUGGAGACAAGUGUUUCUUGACGUCCUUGAAGCUCCUCUUGUUCCGCUGAAUAAAAUACUGGGCGAAAGUGUGCAACAACUUCUCACAUCUUCCAUAUGGCCUAUUCGCAGGUUUACGCAAAAUGAUCUCUUAUGGUGCUUCACCUGCAUCAAAUAUACCCAAAGCCAAAGACCGUUGGAUAGUGUUUUGCACAUCGCUCAAAACCUUUUCAACUCAGAAAAAGUUUCGCGAGCCGUCGAAGAUCUUAUCUUGCAGUCGAUAAGCACAAACGAUCACAAACCACCAGACGAAGAUGCACAAUUAAAAGAAAAUUGGCAAGUACAAGUUGCUUGCGACCGCCAGUCAUUGGUAAAUUCGUCAACCCUCUACUGCGCAAUGGAGCAGUGUGUCUCUCGGUUAGUUCGGAAACCACUGGCAAAAAUUGUAUACUUCUUAGAAAAGGAGAAUGCCUGGCCCCCUCAUCUGGCUGGCGACUUUCAACAUACCCGGAUAUCAGCGCUGGAAAAUCUUUGGUGCAAUUUUUUCAUAAAGAACGCCAUUCUCGGAAUAUCAAACCUUUCAGAACCGCGUGGGGCAGAAUCAUAUGUUCUUGACACGAAACGCUUAGAUCUUAGCCUGCCUUUCAUCCAAGUGAUACUAAGAAAAAUUGACAGCAUCAAGGAGCUGUUUUUCAAAGAUUGUGCAACAGUCGCAGAAAAUGAAGAAAAUUUGGAUGAAAAUGAUGAACUAACGCCGAUUGCCCGGCAACAACAACUGGAAAGAAUUUCAAAGACCAUCAUAAACCUUAUACCCGAACUCACUAGUAUUUCUUCAAACUGUCACGAUUUAUAUCUGAAAGACGUUCUGGAUAUAGUGACAGCGGAUUUCAACGAAACAUUAAGUCGUUCUCAGAGAGUUUCCAUAGCACAGGCAACCUUUAGUUCAGAAGUUGAGCAGCAUUUGCCAGCGGAAGAUAUGCCUCAAUUCUGUGCACUUCUUCACAUCUUUGUAUGGGACCAUCGGGAAGAAAUACUCGAUUCGCUGAGAAUGAUUGAUUGCUGUCGCCCAUUUAUAGGACUAAACGCUUUGUCAAAUAUAACAGACGACGUAUUGCUCAGUUCAGAAGUUACUAUGGUUAAAAUAAACAAGACUCUACCCCCACAAGAACAACCAAGCCAAGAACUGAAUGGCGGCAAUAUGACCGAGGAACCACAAGGAACAGUAGAAACCGCUAAAACAGAAACCCAAGAAGGACAUCAAGCGUUUAUAGGACUCGACUUUCUGCCACGAUUAACAGAUGACAUGCUGUACAGUCCAGAGGUAACAGAUAGCACUUUCCAAAGCUCAAGGGAAGUCGAGUAUACUAAAAGUGAAGAAGAUGAAUUCCAGAAAAUAAGAUCCGCCACAAACGAAACGGAGAGUAUCCAUGACAAUGUGUUUAAUUUUCAAGCUGAACCUAAGAAAGAUGAAACGGAGCAGAAUCAAACGAUCACUGUGGAACUUGAUAUGAAAGAUAAAUUGCGAGAUUUUUCAGAAUACGAGGAAAACGAUUUUGAAAAGAUAAAGAAUUAUGAAUCUGACGAGAAAGAUGUGUCCGAAGAGGAGAUAGAGGACGGUAAUAACUCAGAAAGAUUUGGAGACAUUUUGGUAACAGUAUACUGUAAGGAAAUGUUUCCUUCACAACAAGUUGUCGAACAAAAUGGUGGCUUUGAAAUGUGGAUGCGAAAUGCAAACUUAUUGCUCUCGUCAGCAUUCAAAAUCAGCGAACAAUCUCCAGCAUUCCAUUACCUACGUUUGUGCGUCGACUUCGCAAGGAUCAUUUUUACUUCAAUUGCCUUACCUACGAGUUUAUGUUCAUUGUAUACUUUAAACGAAAUUGGCUUAGGUCUUGAACCAGAAUACCUGGAUCACGAAGAUUCAUUUCAAACAAUAACAGAGAAACUAAUUCAACCAUUAGAAGAAGAAAUAGGAGAAAAUAAGGAUAAACGAGAAGCUUUACAGAAGUUUUCAUCUCUGUUCUAUGGUCGUUGUAUUGACACAAAUGUUGAUACCUGUUGUGCACGCCCGAUAAUAGAACAAGUUUUGUCUUUGGAGAGGCCAAAGUUAGUAAUGAUGAUGAGUCCUGUCGUCUUACGGUUACUCAUGGUGGAAGAAAUGCAGUCACCUGGAAUAUUCAUAGAUUUAAUCACUAAUCCAAGCGCUAUAGAGAACUGUCCGUGUCUACAGAACAUAAAUGACGUCUUCGAAGUUCGUUUUUCGGACGGCUUAAUUAAUCACGACUCGUACCCAGCAGUGAUGAUUUGUGAUCUAAUUCAAUCUCUGUUAAAUUUCAAAGAGAAAUUUAAAAUUGAUGAUAUUGUUAGCUCCGACUCUAAAGUUCUUAUGCUUGCUAAAUCUGCAGCGGCAUUGAUAUCAAAACCUGGUGAGAAUUGCGGUCUAAGUGUACUUUCAGCUGUAGCAUUUCUUCGUGGAUUCUUCACAAUGUUGGCACACUUCGUUUGUGGAGACCCGGGUGUACUCCAGGAUCAGAGUCCGUAUGCUCAUAUGAUGAGAGAAGUCAAUUCAAUACUCAAUGAUUCCCAAAAAUCUUUACAAACGUUCUUCAUGAAACAACUCAACAAGAAGGCAAGUCUAUUUGAUAUAGGAAAGUGGUUCAGCAACAGUUGCACACUUUUGUCGAUAGAAGAACAAUGGCACAACGAAAGAAGUCAAGAUAAGGCGAUGUUUACAACUGUAUUGAAAUAUCCCGAGUAUGCAGAAGCGACGGAGGCGUAUUGGAAAAUGAUAUCAAACGAAACAUCGUAUAUGGAAGAAUUUUUGAAGAAAUGCGAAAAUUCUCCGAAAUAUGCAUUUUCCCUUAUUGGGAUGCUCAUCAAUAUGGUCUAUUUGCAGCGUGCAGUACGAAAACUCAAUAUCAAGGAUGAAGAAUUGGUUGAUUGGGUUGCUAGCAAAAUAGAUGCGUUUCCAAAAUUGUUUCAACAACUUCUGCUUGGAAUUGUUGGCCGUCGUGAUUUCGAUUGUCCAGAACUUCAACUGUCACCAGAGUCAUCAGUAGAAGAUGUUGAAAUGGCGCUCUUAGUCCUUCACAUAACCAGUGUCAUCGCCACAGGUCCACAAACUGAAAAUGUGAUAUUCUACCAGUACCUCACCAAUUCUGCUAUACUUGAAAAUGUGUGUGCUCUUGCCCAUUGCAAGGAUGAGAUUCGUUCCGUGUUCAAAUACCAACCUUGUGUGCACGAAUCCGCCCGUGUUACCUGCUCCUGUGGUUUAAGGUUGGCCUUUAAAAGUAAUAUUGAUAAGAAUGUGUGUCCAGACUGUCAUGAAACCCUGGGUGACGAUACAGAAAGCGCCGCGUCUCCAAAAACGAAUGCCAAACGCCCACUAUCGUGUCAUGGGGAUACAAUUCCGGAAUGGGCUCUCUGUACAAAACACAUGAGUCCAGCAGUUUAUCGUGCCUUACACCUCAUCGUUUACUCAGCUUUCUACGCUGGAAUUGCUCUCGGAACUUCGACAAAGAAGGACUUGUCCAGAGUUUUAAAUACAUUACAUGGAACGGAUCCAGGCAGAAAUCCGGCGAACAUUUGUUUUGAAACUAUCAAGACUGAUCUCUGCGUUUUCAUGAAGAUUCUCAGUUGCAAAAAAGAUAUCGCAAUCGAAGCUAUACAUGUAAUGGUCGAAAAAAGUUCCGAUCUCAUGACUAGUGAAACGUCACAUGGAGCAAAUGAUUGUUUAACACCAACCAUGUGUCAAGAAUGGGAAGACAAAUUUUUCCAACGUGUAGAAAAAGUAGUCUUGAAAUCGUAUAGGGCAUCCAAGGGAACAGAAAAGAUGAUAGAAAUACAACAAACGGAGGACAGUAAAGCAAUGGAAUGCCGUAUCUUGGAACGCGACAAAUAUCCUGAACUAGCGAAAGAGCAGAACCGGCAAUUAAAGAGACUAUUUCGUGUGACAAAGCAACCAUGUUUCGAGGAUUUCCGUUCAGCAUUUCUGCAUUCUCCUCAAGAGGUUCAAACAAAGCACAGUUUUUUUACCCUGUUCUUUGCAAAGUUUGAGCAAUUCCUAAUCAUUGGUGACCUGAAUCAUCUGCUAAAAUGGUCUCGACUAGUAUCGAAAGCAUUAACCCAUCGCAUUAGUAGGAAGGAUGCACAGUCUAAGUCGAUCGACGACUUCAUCGGUGGCCAUCUUCUAGAAACCGCCCAAACACAACAACAAACAGAAAGUUUGCAGGAGUUGUUCAACAAUUUUAAGAAAGCGUGGAACAAAAUGCGUUAUCGGGUUAACCAAGCGCUUGUUGGCAAAACGGAAAUGCCGCGACUGUCAGAGACGCAAUGUGUUGCUUACUGUCUAAUGGAUGGUGAUUAUGGAAUCUAUCUUAAAACCGCUAUUGAAAUCCUUGUUUCUUACCAAAACUCGAUUAUGGACACAGUUAUUUCUUUCUCUUUACAUCAACAUCCAGGUUUAAGCUUCCUUGAAAGAGAAAACUGCAGUGGUGUCAUGUCCGCCUCAAUUCAAGAUGUUAAAGAAAAAGAAAUAAUCAAUUUUCAAUGGUCAGAUGAUUUCUUUCAGGAUGCACAAAACAAUCUCGAGUAUGGGAAAGGUCGAGAAAUCACCUACGAUUUCGAGAGAAUGGAAAUGGUCAUUGCAAAAGAAAUCGUAUUUGGAAAAUGUUUCUUGACAGGAACGCUUAAUAAGUUUGUAUUCGCAAAGGAGUUGUUUCACUCCUGUGGUCCGUUAUUGAGUGAGAUCAGAUCACAAGUUGCACAGGAACAAAGUUUGCCGGAUGAUGUACGUAAAGGGUUGUCGAACUUAAAAGAACGGAGAAUAAAGGAAGCUCAAGACCUUCUUCAGCAUAUCGAAGUGCUUAUUUUCUUGCUUAAACGAGAAUUAAAGAAGAUUAACGUAGAUAUGACUUUAGAAGAGUUUGCCGAAAAUUGGUCGCCGAUGUUACCAAGUCCCUUCCCUGCAAAGUUGUUACCCGAGCCGAGACGAUUGAUCAAGAUCAGACACCUUGCAGCUCUUUACGAAGCACUCGAAGAUGUGCUUGCAGAUGGAGCUAUCGAAGGACUCGCUGACAAAUUCCGAAAAAAACUGCCAGAUGAGAUAGAAGAAUCCGUCAGCACCAUGGUUGGCAAAGAUAUUGAACAGUUGAAACCGCCAAACUUUCUCAAAGCACUGCGUCGUUUCAUUUUCCGCUAUCUUUCAUCAGAAACUGAAAAAUAUUGGCCGGAAGAAAGAAAGUCAUUGCAGUCCUGUUUGGAAGAACCUUCACUGUGGUUCCCACUACAGCCACCCCACCUGAAUGACAUUCCACGCGAAAUCACUCUCAAGUACAUCCACUCAAUUGUGAAGUAUCUCGACGAAAAGGAGAAAGUUGGCGAGUCGAAGAAGGAAAGUCUUCGAGUUUCCUCCGUUCAACAAAAGACGACCAAACAGUCUGGUGGGCGACGUCGACUUAAAAAUUUCUCCCGCGCAUGAUAAGUGAACUUAAUCCGUUAAUAUAUAUCCGUGUAUGCAUAAAUUAACGGCUCGCAAUAAAUUUAAAUGCAGUGACAGUUAAAAUUUAUUAUUAAAGAAGCAUAUACAUGGAAUAACCUUUUUAGAAUUACAUAUGGAUCAUUAUACGCGAUCUUUGCGUCAAUUUCAAAUUUUGAGCUCAUUCAAAGUUAUUAGGCUGCUGCAUUCAGACUGAGUGCUCGGCACUUUUUCUGACGCUUCCAAAUCAAAUUGAAGAACGGACACUACCUCCAGAGGUAGUACUUAAACCUUAGGGCACUGUACUCGGCAGGUUUUAUGAAUUAUGAGCAUGCUUUGACUUUGGGCACCGGCGCCGGGCACUCAGUCUGAAGUCAGCCAAUGGACUAUCUCUUUAAUUUUAUAUCUUUAUUGUUCAAAUUAGAUUAGAUGGCUGACUCUUAGCAGUCACAGAAGAAUAUAAAUAGUAGCUACCAUAAUUGCCUAACAUGUAAUUAGUAGCAAACUAUAGUGUUACAAUUUU